CGGGGCUGAACUCUGGAAAGGUGCCAUUUUUCAGGUCGGUGAUUCCAGAGAGAGGUCCCUGCUGAAGCCGCCGCACCGCCGGCGACACCGCUGACGGCGAUCUUCACCCUCCCGCGCACGCACAUAUCAGCCUUGGACAGAGCUUCCUACCGGCCAGGUUUGGCAGCUAGAGGCUUGUUGCAGAGAACAUGGCCAAGCAUCAUCCUGAUUUGAUCAUGUGCAGGAAACAGCCAGGAAUUGCCAUCGGACGACUCUGCGAGAAAUGUGAUGGCAAGUGUGUCGUCUGUGAUUCCUACGUCCGCCCAUGCACGCUUGUACGCGUGUGUGAUGAGUGCAACUAUGGUUCUUUUCAGGGCCGCUGCGUCAUCUGUGGGGGAGUGGGAAUCUCUGAUGCUUACUACUGCAAAGAGUGCACGCAGCAGGAGAAGGACAGGGAUGGGUGUCCGAAAAUCGUCAAUCUAGGAAGUGCUAAAACCGAUCUCUUCUACGAACGCAAGAAGUAUGGUUUUAAGAAACGGUGAUGCUCAUGCGAUGCUAUGAUACCAGCUCACCACAAUCCAAUGAUCGGCUAUUUCGAAGAGGAUUGAAUUGCCAUGAAGGCGGUGGGCAAACCUGUUUAGCCUAACUUGUCAGCAAUGUAAUUCAGAAGCAUGUGAUGGAUAUUGUUCUUGAAGGAGAUGAUACUUUCUGUUUUGGCCUCUGAAUUAGUCAUAGUAUUCAGGAUUUCUGUGGAGUGACUAUGGAAAAAUUUGAGUGUGCCAUGUUCUAAAACAUUAUUCUAUUUUUUUUUUUUUUUGGUCGGUUAAAACAUUAUUCUAUUUAGCAGCAACAAGAGCUGAUACAGACAUA